UCAAAUGCGGAACGACAACACAUUCAAAUACCACAACACACUCACAUGAUCUUCACACAGGACAGUUCCUGCAGACUUGUGAAAUGUGUAAUAGUCUUCUGUGCUCCCGGAUAAGUUCCUCAUUCUGCCAGGUGCCAUCACAUCACGCUGUGCUGAGUUUCAGACACAUCGCCUGUGAUUUUGCUCACUAUUUGUUCUUAAAUACAUCUCGUGCAAGAUGAAGUGCUGCGUCCUUGUGUUUGUGGCUCUGAUCGCGUUCAGCUGUUUUCUUCCGGAAGGCUCGUGCAGCUUGCAGAGGAUGAACAGCUUCAAUGAAAUAACCAAGGUGCUGGGGUUUUCUUGGGGAAACUGUAAGUCAGGUGAUGCUGCAUAUAUGAAGACUCUGAAUGCGUCUCCAGACCCGAUUCCUAUUCCAGGAUAUUUAACAGCAGAUGCAUCGGGAACAACAUCUGUAGAGCUGGCCUCUCCUCUCUCAGUGAACGUGACACUGGAAAGAGAAGUUGCAGGCGUGUGGGUAAAAAUACCAUGUAUAGAUGAUCUAGGAAGUUGUCAUUAUCCUGAUAUCUGUGAACUGCUCGAUCAGCUCAUCCCUCCAGGUCAAGAUUGUCCUGAACCACUGCAUACAUAUGGUCUGCCGUGCCACUGUCCAUUUAAAGCUGGCGACUACACAUUGCCAUCAUCGCAGUUCUACAUACCAAAUGUUGAACUUCCCAGCUGGCUGACCAACGGCCAAUACAAAGUACAGGGUGUUUUAGGAAGUUCUGACAAAGAGCUGGGUUGCCUUAAAAUGAGCUUCUCGUUACACUCCAACAACUUACAGAGAGCGAUAAGAAUCGCUGUCCUGUAGCAGGUGCUCUGUUCAUGGCUUCUGGAUGGUGAUAGAGAAAGAAUACAGUAGAUACAAAAUAAGUGACAUAUUGCCUUUUAACUAUAACAAAGAAGGAAGUCAUCUGACAAUAUUAAUCGGUUCACUUUAAAAAGCAGACAAGGGGAAUUUGUGCUCCAAAAUGUCUUUUAAGUACUUUGUAUAUUUUUGUUUUAAAUUUUAAUCUAGUUUUAACUACUGAAUGCAAUAUUUUGUUCUCUUGAUGAUUCAUACACCUAUCUCUUUUGGUCAGUUAUGUUUUUUCACGAUCAAUUUUGUUCUUAAUAAACACUGGUUUCUGA